AUGUUGGGUAUGGCGUCUAGAUUGAUUAGGUCAACUAGAUGUUUGUCUUGGAUGCAAUACCCAUAAUUACAUUUGUAUACAAAUUUAUUAAGUAUGGGUUUCACAAAACCUAUAUUGCCUGAUACUUCUAUAUUGACAAUCAGUACUUUUAGAAGAAAGCCAGCUAAACUUAAGAAACAUAAAAGAAAGUAAAAAAGAAAGAAAAUCAAGCGAAUGAAUAAAGCCAAUAGAGAGAGACGUAAUUAUUGA